AUGGACUUACACCGGGCAGCCUUCAAAAUGGAGAACUCAUCCUACCUUCCCAACCCUCUGGCCUCGCCAGCACUGAUGGUCCUGGCAUCCACAGCCGAGGCCAGUCGAGAUGCUUCCAUCCCUUGUCAGCAGCCUCGACCCUUUGGUGUACCUGUGUCAGUAGAUAAGGAUGUGCAUAUUCCCUUUACCAAUGGUUCCUACACCUUUGCCUCUAUGUACCAUCGGCAAGGUGGGGUGCCAGGCACCUUUGCCAAUCGUGAUUUCCCUCCUUCUUUACUACACCUCCACCCUCAGUUUGCUCCCCCAAAUCUAGAUUGCACCCCAAUCAGUAUGCUGAAUCAUAGUGGUGUGGGGGCCUUCCGUCCCUUUGCAUCCACUGAGGACCGGGAGAGCUACCAGUCAGCCUUUACACCUGCCAAGCGACUCAAGAACUGCCAUGACACAGAGUCUCCCCACCUGCGCUUCUCAGAUGCAGAUGGCAAGGAAUAUGACUUUGGGACACAGUUGCCAUCUAGCUCCCCCGGUUCACUUAAGGUUGAUGAUACGGGGAAGAAGAUUUUUGCUGUCUCUGGCCUCAUUUCUGACCGAGAAGCCUCAUCCAGCCCAGAGGAUCGGAAUGACAGAUGCAAGAAGAAAGCAGCAGCGUUGUUUGACAGCCAGGCCCCGAUUUGCCCCAUCUGCCAAGUCCUGCUGAGGCCCAGCGAGUUGCAGGAACAUAUGGAGCAGGAACUUGAGCAACUGGCCCAGCUGCCCACCAGCAAGAAUUCCCUUCUGAAGGAUGCCAUGGCUCCAGGCACCCCCAAGUCCCUCCUAUUGUCUGCUUCCAUCAAGAGGGAAGGAGAGUCUCCAACAGCAUCACCACACUCAUCUGCCACUGAUGACCUGCACCACUCAGACAGAUACCAGACCUUCCUGCGAGUGCGAGCCAACCGGCAGACCCGGCUGAAUGCUCGGAUUGGGAAAAUGAAACGGAGGAAGCAAGAUGAAGGGCAGAGGGAAGGCUCCUGUAUGGCUGAGGAUGAUGCUGUGGACAUUGAGCAUGAAAACAACAACCGCUUUGAGGAGUAUGAGUGGUGUGGGCAGAAGCGGAUACGAGCCACUACACUCCUGGAAGGUGGCUUCAGAGGCUCUGGCUUCGUCAUGUGCAGCGGCAAAGAGAACCCAGACAGUGAUGCUGACUUGGAUGUGGAUGGGGAUGACACACUGGAGUAUGGGAAGCCACAAUACACGGAGGCUGAUGUCAUCCCCUGUACAGGCGAGGAACCUGGUGAAGCCAAGGAGAGAGAGGCACUCCGGGGUGCAGUCUUAAAUGGUGGGCCUCCGAGCACCCGCAUCACACCGGAGUUCUCCAAGUGGGCCAGUGACGAGAUGCCGUCCACCAGCAAUGGGGAAAGCAGCAAGCAGGAGGCUAUGCAGAAGACCUGUAAGAACAGCGACAUUGAGAAAAUCACUGAAGAUUCAGCUGUAACCACAUUUGAGGCCCUGAAGGCUCGAGUCAGGGAGCUUGAACGUCAGCUAUCUCGGGGAGACCGAUACAAAUGCCUCAUCUGCAUGGACUCAUACUCGAUGCCACUAACGUCGAUCCAGUGUUGGCACGUGCACUGCGAGGAGUGCUGGCUGCGGACCCUGGGUGCCAAGAAGCUCUGUCCACAGUGCAACACGAUCACAGCGCCCGGAGACCUGCGGAGGAUCUACUUAUGAGCUAACCACCCAAGCAGGCCUUGCCUUGAGCAACCCCACCUGCCCCCAGCCUCUGUGACAGUGAACCUCUCCCCUUGUAUAUACUUGCACACACUUCCCCCUGUACAUACAUGCACAUAAACACGCGCACACACACAUACACACAUAUAGGACUCUGGAGCCAGAGGGGAGCAGUCCUGCCUAUUGGCUCCCACCUAGCUUGGGGACCAUACCCAUUCCAGUCUCUGUUUCUAGGGUGGGCAGGGAGGUGGGGAUGGGGCAUAGUGGGGCAAGGCUCCUGAUCCCCAACCCCCAGACUGACAGAUGACAGACAGGCAAACACCAGACUGAAGCACAUGUAAUAUAGACCGUGUAUGUUUACAAUGUUGUGUAUAAAUGGGACAACUUUGCCCUUCACCCUUCCCCUUUGGUUGUAUGAUUUUCUUCUUUUUUUAAGGACCCUAGAAGCAGUACCCCGUUCAGGGCUGGCUGGGGGCUCGGCCCAUCCAAGUCUUGGGGUACCUGCCUCUCCCUCUCCUGUGGAGUCCCUUCCCUCUCCCAUGUGCUCGGUGUUCAGUGGUGUAUAUUUCUCUCCCAGACAUGGGGUAUACGCCCCAAGGGAUGUGAUCCUCUCCUUAGUCUUAGCUCUUGGGGCUCUUUAUAAGGAGUUGAUGGUGGGGCAGGAAAUGGGACCCGAGCUGAGGCAGAGGCUGAGGUUGGUGCUGGCUGAGGGCACCCAGCUGCCCAGCCUUCUGCUGAGAACCAUUCCUGGGAGUAGAGCUACAUUCCCAGGAGAAAGUGUCUCCUUGCCCCUCCCAUGGGCCCCAUGGUGUGAUGCUGUGUCUGUAUAUUCUAUACAAAGGUACUUGUCCUUCCCCUUUGUAAACUACAUUUGACAUGGAUUAAACCAAUAUAAACAGCU